GCCAUCUUUUUUAAUGAAUAAUGACAUUUGUCAUUUUUGUUUCCUUGCUGUGAUUGGCUGCCGCAGGCGUAGGUAGCCUUUCCGCCAUCUUGGGUAGUGAUCGUAGUAUUUUACACUUUGUUAUUGUUUUGUUGUUUUCACCUUGUAGUGGCUUGUAGCUUGUUUGUACAGGUUCGGAUCGAGUGAAGACGUGACGUGCUUAUCUUCUCCGUUAAUUCUGUAUUGUGUGUUUGUAUUUUGCUUCAUACAAAAUGUACGAGUGCUGUGUAUGUAAAAGUUCACGACAGGACGCUAUUUUACAUCAUUUUCCUCGCACUGAGAAAAGACUCAUGAAGUGGUUAAAGUAACUAAAUCGUGAUAAUCUGAAAAAGUUAUCACCAGAAGAACUUUCAAACGUUUUUGUAUGUCAAAAACACUUUGAAAAGAGGUUUAUUACGCCGAAAUUACGUCUCAUAGGCAGUGCAUAUCCAUCUUUGUUUACCGAAGACGAGAUUUCCUCUGGAAUACCAUCACAGGACAAUGCCGAAAACAUGGAUAUUGAUUUGGAGCAUAGUUACUUGCGUAAAAGACACUUUGACCACACAUACUUUCAAAGGGAACCACUAAAAGAAGUAAUUGCCUCUAGCUCCAGUGAGUCUCAGAAUGUGCCUGGCCCAUCGCAAAUUCCACUGCCUAAACAGGACUUAGUUAAUCCUGUAAUCAUUGAACCAGUGAUGAAUGAAGCAUUUCAAGCCUCUGGCUUGGAUACAGUCAGAAUUGCUAAGGAUCCGAAACCUAUGAGAAGACGUUUAAUCACGAAAGUAAAAGAUUUGUCACCAACAUGCAAAAGUAUUUAUAAAGAAUACAAAAAGUCUAAACAGCAGGCCGAUUUUCAUCGAAGAGCUAAGAGAGCCCUUCAGUUUAAUAAGAAAAUGUUGUUCGAAAAAUUAACAAAUAAAAUGAAUCCUUAUGCAAAAAACAACAACAACAUAACAAAUAUUGAGUUGUUUUAUUUAUUUUAUUUUAUCGUAUUAUUUUAUAUAAAUGAACUGGAACCCCUAACCACCUUUUUUUUUUUUAAAGACGACAUUGAAAAAUUGGUUAUUAACGUCAGAGAUGAGAGCAGUAGCGAGAACACUUCAGAUUCAUGUGAUUCAGAUGAGUUUGUUAUUGCCGGAACGUCUAGCCAAGAUACAAUAGAGUUUUCUGGGGUGGAAUAUCUCGAUGAAAGUGUUUUGGAAUCUGAUUGA